AUGGCGACCAAGACGGGCCUGGUCAUUGGAUACGACGGAGUCCAUCCAUUUUCCAAAGUCAACGUCUCCGACCGUGCUUCGGUCCAAGAGCUGCUCCGGACCUUGCUGGAUCCCCUCGAGCCGUUCUUCUCGCCCCAGAAAGCUCGCGUGAGGGUUCCAGGCGCGACGGGCGUCCGUUUUGACCAGACAGCCUCCGAAGUCGAGGGGAUCUGUCGCCCGCUCUGGGGGCUGGCGUGUCUUUUGGCCGGAAGUGGUGACUACCAGGGGACUAAGCUCUGGAUCGAUGGCAUCAAGGCGGGAACAGACCCUGAGAACCCUGAGUACUGGGGUUUCCCGCGGGAUAACGACCAGCGGAUGGUGGAGAUGUGCCCUCUAGGCUUUGCGCUGGCUGUUGCGCCUCAGAUAUGGGACUCGAUGUCGGAAAAGGAGAGGACGAAUGUCGAGAACUGGCUGGGGAACUCGAUCAAUGAGAAGAACAUGCCCAAUACCAACUGGCUGUGGUUUCGAGUCUUUGCCAACCUAGGGCUUAAGAAGAACGGUGGAAAGUUCUCUCAAGAACGGCUGGACAGUGACAUCGAACACCUGAACACAUUCUACCGAGGAGAGGGAUGGUCUAACGAUGGGCCCGAGCACAUUCAUCAGAUGGACUAUUACUCCUCAAGCUUUGCGAUCCACUUCCUGCAGCUGCUAUACGCCAACCUCGCCGGAAAGGAGGACCCAGAGCGCGCGGCCGAGUUCAAGAAGCGCGCGCAGGUGGUCGCUCUCGACCUGGCGCACUAUUUCGACCAAGAAGGCCGGGCGAUCCCCUUUGGACGCAGUGUUGGAUAUCGCUUCGCCAUGUGCUCGUUCUGGGGCGCCCUCGCAUAUGCUGACGUCGAGCUGCCCGCGCCUCUGACGUGGGGGAUGGUCAAGGGGAUUGUGCUGCGCCAUCUGCGCUGGUGGCAGACGCAGCCUAACAUCUGGGGCUCGUCUGGGACGCUGACCAUUGGGUACUCGUAUCCUAAUAUGUAUAUGGCUGAGAACUACAAUAGCCCGGGCAGUCCUUACUGGGCUUGUCUGGCUUUUAUCUGCCUCGCUGUACCCGACACACACCCGUUCUGGACUUCUAAAGAGGAGUCCCAAUGGGAUGUCAUCCCAAAGAUAAGAUCACUGAAACAGCCUGGCCAUAUUAUGACGAAUAUUGGCGGACACUGCAUGCUCUUGUCAUCAGGCCAGGCAUGUGGCUAUCCCAUGAAAGGCACCCACGCCAAAUACGGAUGUUUUGCCUACAGCAGCGCAUACGGCUACUCAGCGCCCCCAGGACUCUUCACACUGGAGCAGUACGCCCUGGCCUCCCAGCUCGGUUUGUCCGACGACGGGGGCGAGUACUGGAAGACCCGCAGGGUGUCAGAGUACGCCGCCAUCGAGACCCGCGGCGACGACGACGACGACGGCAACAAGCCCGUGCUGGUGUCAGUCUGGCGGCCCUUUGCAGACGUCAAGAUCAAGACGUACCUGAUACCGACCGAGGAGUCCCACCCCAACUGGCACCUCCGCGCGCACCACAUCGAGGCCGGGCGCGAGGUCAUGACAGCCGACGGGUCGUUUGCCAUCUGUAACGAGCGGCAGCCCGACGGGAGGUUUCUGGAUCUGUACGACGCGGCGCAGGGCCAAGGGACGCAGCCGAAGCUGAUUGGGAACUACGACCUGAACACCCCCGAGGCGUGGACGGCUGGCGCGAGGGGUGCCUUUGCCGUGUCCAAGGGCGCGGUGGGCAUCAGGGCGCUGGAAGGAGAGCGCACGGGGAGGCAGGCGACGCUGGUCAAUGCCGACCCGAACUCGAACCUGGUGGAUAGUCGCACCGUCAUCCCGACGCUGCAGCACACAAUCAGGGCCGGGACCGCGGUGUGGUACGUCUCGGCUGUUUAUGCCAAACCUUCGGCUCAGGGGGUCAAGAAGGAGACGUACCUGGACGGGUGGGAGAGGCCGCCUGCUGUUCCACGCUGGCUAGAAGAGGAGAUAGGUCAGAAUUAA